GACAGCAUGUACCCGGCCCAGGGGACCGCCUACGACUCGUACACGCUGGUGGAACGGUUGGUGGACCCCAGUUUUCGCUUGAGUCGCAUGCAGACGCAGGCGUCUGCACUGUUGGCUCGUCUCUGGGCUGAUCGCACCUUCCUGCCGAUGGACGUACUGGAGCUGGCCGAGUGGAUCAGCUACCGUGCCAAGGAUUUCACCACCUACCACAAGGUGGUCAUCGAUGCACACCAGUUGAGGCUCGCGCCUUUGCAGGAAUCCGCAGACCAGUUUGUCGAUUCUGCGCGUGUGUUCAUGAACUGGACUCAGAAAAUCAGGCAAGAUCACCCCAUGUACGCGCGCAUCUACAACGACAUCGUUAUCCUGCUACCGAAGGUCUUCGUCACACCUCACGGUAUCCCCACUCGACACAUCACACACAAGAACCUCCUGUACUCGCCAGAGGGGCUCCCGUUCCCCGGCCUCCAGGACCUCAUCCGGCAGCGGCCCAUCGACGGGGACGCCUUCGGUCACAUGGUUGCACUCAUCACCGAGAGCAUCGUCCAGGCUUCAGAAAUGCUCCACUUUUCACCCAUUGCGUGACAAUAAAUUCACAGCA